AAGAAAUACACCCAGAGUGUCCAUGUCGGGUAUUGGAUUUACUAGAUAAUGCUUAUUCUUGGUUAUUUAUGUGCCGUAAUACUCUGCAUGCGUAUUUUAGCUCCUGUGAGUAAAUUCUUUAGUUAGUGCAAAGAAGUUUUGCUAGUAAUUGUCCUUCUUUUCCUCUUCAUAUGCAGAACGCAGCUGGUCCCGAUAUUCAAUUGACUCUGAUGGAACUCAAUCGUCCCAUGAUCAAAAAAUUUCCACAUGGUUGGAUAUGUAACGUGGAACAUUUUCUCGCUUGGCUUCAUAAUCUGGAGUUUACUGAUGUUGAAUUUCCUGAUGUUGCAAUUGCUGAAGGACUUCGUAAAUUAAGCUUUGAAGACCUUUCCUUCCCCAAAUGGAGGCCAAAAUGAUAAGCUCCUAAAUCAUUGUAUCCUUGUUGUUGCAACAGAGGGCCAUUUAUUUAUUCUAGGACAGUGGCUAAAUCAUUUUCUCAGUCUUGUGUUUCUCUGUCAGUCAUAUGUCCCACUUAUCUUUCUGGAAUCAAAUCUAUCUACAAUUUGGGAAAAAAGGACCCUUUGGCAGCUGAUCAUACUAUUAAAUGUGCCAAAAAGCCACAUAUGGUUCUGAUUUCAGACAAUUUCAAGAAUGCAUGUGCUGAUUUAAGUCAAUCAGGGAUUACAAGUUUGCCAUCACAGGCAUGGGAGGGGGGCACACCAUCUCGUGAUAGUUAUGAAAUCUUCAUCAAGACUGUUAGAGGUGAGACCAUCACUUUGGAUGUGGAAAGUUCAGAUAGGAUAUACGAUGUCAAAAACAAGAUCCGGGACAAGUUAGGGACCCCCGCGGACCAGCAAAGUCUCACAUUAGCAGGAAAGCAGCUUGAAGAUGGCCGCACCUUGGCAUACUACAAAAUUGAGGAGGAUUCGACCCUCAAUUUCCAUGUUUGCAUUAGCCGUCUGAAGCACAUGUUACAAUUCCCAAGUCUGACAUUUAAGGAUUACAUUAAGCCUUUCCUCACUCAGAAGGAUUACAUACCAACUCAAGGUCCUUAUCUGAUCUUCAUUCAAACUUUAACCGGUAAAACUAUCACUUUGGAAGUCAAGAGUUCAGACAAGAUCUACAGUGUCAAAGCCAAGAUUGAGGCCAAGGAAAAGAUUUCCCCCACCAUACAAACAUUGUAUUUCAGUGGACAAGUACUUGGUAAUGAGGGAACUCUUGCCAGCUAUAAAAUAGGGAAAGAGUCUACCGUGAGUCUCCUUUUUCCCCGUGGUGGUUAGAAUGAACACACCGUAUAUGUCAUGUUUGUCUUGGUACCAUAUGUCAACCUGGUGCUUUUUGCAGUCUGAAACCAUAUAUAGAAUUUUGAACUAUUUGAA